AUGGGCUCGAUAUCCGUCGACCACCACCACCAACAACAACAACCCGUCGGGGUCGUCGCCGACCCUCCACCGUCAACGACAACGACGACAUACGCCAUCGCCUCGAUUCCCGCCGACGGCAUCGGCCCCGAAGUCAUAUCUUCGGGCAUCCGGGUGCUCAACACGCUGGCGUCGACAUUCUCGCACUUCAGCUUCGCCUUCACACACUUUGACUGGUCGAGCGACACGUACCUGAAGACGGGCAAGUACAUUCCCGAGGACGGGCUCUCGGAGCUUCGCAAGCACGACGCCAUCCUCUUCGGGGCGGUCGGCGACGUGCGGGUUCCCGACCACGUCUCGCUCUGGGGCCUGCGGCUCGCCAUCUGCCAGCCGCUGCAACAGUACGCCAACGUGCGGCCGACGCGGAUCCUGCGCGGGGUGACGUCGCCGCUGUCGUCGUGCCAGGGCGGCGCCGCCGCGGCCCGGAAACUCGACUGGGUCAUCGUCCGCGAGAACAGCGAGGGCGAGUACGCGGGCCAGGGGGGCCGGUCGCACGUCGGGCAGCCGUGGGAGGUGGCGACCGAGGUGGCGGUGUUCACGCGGCACGGCGCCGAGCGGCUGCUGCGGUUCGCGUACGAGACGGCGCGGUCGCGGCCGCGCCGGAAGCUGACGUUCGUGACCAAGUCCAACGCCCAGCGCAACGGCAUGGUCCUGUGGGACGAGGUGCAGGCCCUCGUGGCCCGGGACUACCCGGACGUCGAGACGGACAGGAUGCUCGUCGACGCCAUGACGUGCCGCAUGGCCCUGCAGCCCGAGUCCGUCGACACCGUCGUCGCCACCAACCUGCACGCCGACAUCCUGUCGGACCUCGCCGCCGCCCUGGCCGGGAGCAUCGGCAUCGCCCCGACGAGCAACCUGGACCCCACCAGGCGGAACCCGAGCAUGUUCGAGCCCAUCCACGGCUCGGCCUGGGACAUCGCCGGGAAGGGCGUCGCGAACCCCGUCGGCACCUUCUGGACCUGCGCCGAGAUGGUCAGGUGGCUGGGGCAGCACGACGCCGCCGACUUGCUGAUGGACGCCGUCGAGAACGUCCUGGACAAAGGCAUCAAAACGAGGGAUCUGGGAGGGACCGCUGGUACCGACGAAGUCACCGACAACGUGUGCGAGGAGAUUGAACGAUUGGGGAGAGAAAGGAAGCUCGGGAGGAAAGGCUAA